AUGGUUACGUUGUUCCAUGACAUGAUGCAUGAAGAAAUCGAGGUAUAUGUUGACGAUAUGAUUGCAAAAACCCGGCCUAGGAAAAGUCAUGUUGAAACCCUCAAGAAGUUAUUUGAUCGGCUUCGUGAAUUCAAACUCCGUUUAAACCCUACCAAGUGCGUGUUCGAGGCAGCAUCAGGAAAAUUACUUGGGUUUAUGGUGAGUAGUAAAGGGAUCGAGAUUGACCCAUCUAAAGCCAAGGCAAUAUGUGAAUUGCAACCUCCGUCAAUAGUGAAGGAGGUCCGAAGUCUCCUAGGGAGAUUGAAUUACAUUGCACGAUUCAUUUCCCAACUCUCUGAGACCGCUAAGCCGUUCUUCAAACUCUUGAGGAAAAACGUACAAGUUGAGUGGAAUGAGGAAUGUCGAGAGGCGUUCGAUAAGCUGAAGCAAUAUUUGAUGAAUCCCCCAGUUCUUGUCCCACCAAUAUCAGGGCAUCCUUUGAUUCUGUACCUCACAAUCCAUAGUGAGUCACUUGGCGCGAUGUUAGCUCAGAAAAGUCCCGUGGAUCAGAAGGAACGAGCCAUUUAUUAUCUCAGUAAAAAGUUCACUGUCUUAGAGCUAAAAUAUUUUGAUGCUGAAAAAACUUGUGCUGCGUUAGUAUGGGUAUUGCAUAGACUACGACAGUAUACCUUGCAUUACCAAACGUUUCUCAUGACUGAGAACGAUCCCAUCAAGUAUUUAUUUCAUCAACCAGCUUUGGUGGGUAAGCUAGCCAAAUGGCAGGUCUUGAUUUCGGAAUUCGACGUGCAGUUCAUGCCACAAAAAUCAGUUAAAGGCCGAGUAAUUGCUGAUAUAUUGGCUGAGAAUCCUAGAAUCUUGAAUGAUGAUGAUUGUCCUUUGGAUGAUCGUAUUUUGGCCAUAAAUGAAGAUGCAUGGUCUAUGUUCUUUGAUGGAGCCGCCGCAAUUGAAACGGGAGUGGCCAAAUUGAAAGUAUAUGGAGAUUCUGCACUGAUCAUACUCCAAACCGUAGGUGAAUGGAAGACCAGGGAUGCCAAAUUACUACCGUAUCAUAAGUACCUCGAAGAGUUGGUGAAGGAGUUCGAUGAAAUCUCAUUUGACUACUUGGCUAGAUCUCAUAAUCAGUUCGCCGAUGCCUUGGCAACGUUGUCAUCUAUGUUGCAAGUUACUAAUGGUUUGGAAGUUGAACCUUUGAAAAUUGAGGUUCUAGCCAAACCUUCUUAUUGCAUGGCCGUGAAUAAAGAGCUUGAUGAGAAGCCAUGGUAUUGCGACAUCAUGAGCUAUAUCCAAAAACAGGAAUUUCCUGAAGGGAUCACUCCAGCCGAUAAAAAAUACAUAAUGAAGAUGGCCUCAAAGUUCUUUGUCAGUGCAGUUGAGCCCCCGUUCGUCUCCGAGCGCGCCACCGUCUCCGCCCGCCACCGCUGCUUCUGCAAGCAGCACUUCCGCAGCCGCGAGCACCAGCAGUUCACCCACCACCGUGACCUGCAGCCCAAUCCCGUAGCCUUCCGUGGGUCUGCUCCUUGUGUCUGCUCAAUCGUGCAGCAAUCCGACCCCUGCUGUGCGACGCUGGUCACCCCCGUGCGAACACCGCCACGCCUCCGCCUCUGCUCCACCACGCUCCCACCGGCGACCCAGCGUUCAGAGCCCACGCCGACGCUGCCCGGAGCUGAAGACCAGCAACCUGACGCUGCAACCCAAGCCGCUCCACCCAGUCGACGCCCAGCAGCUCGCGCCUACGCUGCUCUUCGCUCAAACACCAGUAGCACCGUCCCGAAUACCUGCACUCGCAACCGCGCCUCUGCACGCCUGCGACCCAGCCACGACGCCGCUCCUGUUGUCCCUCAUCCCGUCCGUCUGUGA